UUUUUGUGUUAUGAAACUUAAGCGUGUGGAGCAGACUUUUACGUAAACAUUUCUUCGCCAGUGUGCAAUGAGUGAAAUUCAGUAAAAAUCGAUAUAAAAUCAGGAAAAACUCGACCGAAAACUGGAGCAAAAUGUUCCGUCUGGUGGCAGCAAACAGCGAAUCGUUAAUUCGCGGCUUUUCGUCGCUUCACAUUGCGAGAAAAACAUCGACGACUGCAGCCGCAUGCUUACACCAACAUGGUCAUCGUGGAGUGACAGGAGAGUCCUCGAUCGGCAGUGGACAGCGUCAGCUGCUACAACCCAGUCUUCCGGCGUUACAGAAUUCCAGGGGAACCAGCUUCUUCAAUAAGUUGCCAGCACAGGAAAUCUGGAAGGGUAUCAUUUCUGUCAGUAAUGCCGGUAAGAAACGAGGCCGUGGCAGAGGUUCCGGACGGAUUACUCCGAAAGAUUUGAACAAGGGCCAAGUGAUUGGAUUCGGCAAGGCAAAUAUUGUGUGGCCAGGACUGUCGGCACCGAUUAUCCGGGGCCGCGAGUUGGUCCAGCAGCAGCAACUUCCGGAGGACAAAGAACGGGAGGCCAAACUGAAAAAGAUCCGUGACGAGAUGGUGAAUUUCAAGCGAAUGAAGUUGAGUCCCCUAGAGCGGGGUUGGUCGGGAUCGAAAAUGCCAGGUCGGAGUAUUGGACCACCGGAUGCGAUCGGAGAGGAUCAGUUUGAGGGAUUCGAUACGAAAUGUUUGGAACUGAAAACGGUGGUUAACAUGAAGGGUAACCUUGGCCGAAAGCGACGUGUGUCAGCGAUGGCAGUGACUGGAAAUGGCAACGGGUUGGCAGGCUUUGGAUUCGGCAAGGCCAUCGAUAUCAAGGCAGCUCUAAGGCAGGCCAAAAACCGUGCCGGGCAGAAAUUGAUGUAUUUUGAGUUGUGCAACGGUCAUACCGUUUUCCAUGAUUUCCACUGCGCCUUUGGAGCGACUAAAAUGUUCGUGGAGCGUAAACCGGAAGGCUACGGUCUGAAGUGCCACCGUGCUAUAAAGUCCGUUUGCGAGGUUCUCGGAAUCAAGGACCUCCGAGCAAAGUGCGAGGGAUCAACCAACGUUCAGCAUGUGGUCAAGGCGUUCUUCGUGGGAUUGCUACAGCAGAAGAGCCAUCAGCAGAUUGCCGAAUCGAAAGGAUUGCACGUCGUAGAAUUCCGCCCAGAAAAUGGAAACUUCCCAAAGGUGGUCGCCAGUCCAACCGCAUGCCGAACUGAGGAGGACCUAGAACACAACGAGAUCCUGGACUACACGCAGUUUUGCAUGGAUGGCAAGAUUCAGCUCAAAAGGAAGAAGUUCCCGCCAUUCUACACCAAGUACCGGUCGUAUGAAAUCUACAUGAAAAAGCGGGAAUAUUUGCGGAACCAGGACAAGGUGCGGCUGCGGCUGUUGGCGGAAACCGGAGAGGUUCGCAGCUAUCUGACCGACAAGUACCCCGAAUGUAAAAUGGGCCCGGUGCCAAAGGAGGAAUGAAAACUGUAAUAUUGAUUUAUUAGAAUAAAUCUGGGUUCAAAAUUA